CCAGAGGGCCCAGCAGGGGACUGGAUCCUGUCUGGAUGCUGUGCGGAAAGAAUAGGAAAUAAAAGCCAGUUGGGACUGGGUGGGUCCCCAGUUAGACACCCGAGUGGAGCAAGCCUAGCUCUGGCCUGAGCAGGGAUGCUAGUGACCUGCACCAGCUUGGCAGGAUGCCUCUCCCUUCUGAUCUAGUGACCGUGGGACCACGACAAUAGCCCUGGCCUCAUCCACACAUCUUCCAGAGGUGGGACCUGAGUGGUCAGCCCCUCCCCUUCCCUCAUGCCACACCCCAUGUGUGUUUGCUGCUCCCACUUCCUGCUGGGCCACCUGUGACCAGCCGGGCCAUGAUGACAAUAAUUUCACAGCACUGCUAAUCAUAAAAGGACAGUUAUGAUAAUGGCCACGCCCACUGAUUGGGACAAUUCCAUGUGCAUCAUCUCAAGAGUUCUCCACAUGCCUCAGGAGAGGCUCAGAGCAAUGGAUGGCACACACAAGCUCACCCAGCCAGGAAGUGGUCAGGAUAGAUGUCAGCCCAGCCCUGAGCAACCCCCGGAGCCGUGCUCCUGUGGUGGCCCGCCUCGCCUGCAUCCUGCCUUUCCCAAGUUAUCUGGUCCAGUCUAGUCUAGACUGCUGGGGGAGGGCUGGGGCUCCUUCUUCCCUGCCUGGCCCCCAGCAGGCAUGGGUUUCAUCCUGGUCUUGUUCAAUCCACAGGCAUGGAAGAAGGAGCAUGAACACCGUCUACGUCUUCAUCCUCAUCCCUAUAGCCAGGCACGUGCAUGCCGGGCAUGUCUCGGGGCUUCUCAAACCCCUUCUCAGCUCUAGGAGGCAGCUCCAUUGCUGUAGCUCUUUAUAGAGGAGGAGACUGAGGCUCAGAGAGGCCCCCAGCUUGUGAGAGGAGUGUCUGAGUAGGUGUCCUUGACUCCAAAGCCUGUAUUCAUCACCACUCCCCAGGGGGCUGCUUGAAUUUGGAGGCCUCUGCCCUGUGGGACCCCACCAGGGGCCCUGGGAGCAGCGCCUCUGGGUGGGUUCAGCAGCUCCUAGUGAGUCUGGCCCCCUCUGCUGGUGGCCACAGGGUGGGGUGAAACCAGGAGCGCUGCCUAGUCCCCACCCUCACCUUUCACAACCCAGCAGAUGGUGCCAUGGAGCAGGAAGGGUGAGAAAGAGGCCACAGGAAGCAGCGGCAGUGUCACUGGCCAGUGUGCAGGGGGUGGGGCGCCUGCUCAGCACAGCCUGGGACAGAGGGACGCACAGCCACAGGGCUCUGACCAGCGUAAGCCUGGCCAAGGAUGGUGACACAGAGGGCCUUGGGGGUCCGGCUUCUCCUGCUAGCCUCGCUCUUGGUCUCAGGUGAGGAAGAAUCUAAGACCAGUCUUGAGCAGCCAAGAAACGUCUGCCUGGGGCUCAUCAAUAAGGACCAGUAUGAACCCUUCUACCUUGAGAACACUGCUCAGUGCUUCGCAAAGUGUGGGCAGCGGGAGAGUGAACCCUGUGAUCUGGGAAACCUGCAGCGAUACUGGCUGAAAUACGAGACCUAUCUGGUGGAGAAGACUCUGGUAGAGACCGUGAAUAUGUCUUUUGUGAAGGCUUUUGUCAAGAAUAUCAACACCAGCAUCUCAGAAGAUCUGCACUUCUCUCUGACCCCGUCUCAGAUUCCCAGACAGGUGGCGGCGGAUGAAGACAAGCACUCUGACAGAGUCCGGCUGCCCGGGAGCCUUUUUGAGACCUUGCAGGGCAACCAGUCGGUGAUCCGGCUGGCCGUAAUGGUCCUGGACAUUGGUCAUGGGAACCUCUUCAAGGGCCCUCAGUUCAGCCAGGAGGAUGGCCGCAGUGUGUUGAACAAUCGCCUGGUGGGCUUGAGUCUGGGUGGUACACCUGUCACCAGGCUGGCCGAGCCUCUGAAGAUGACCUUCUUCCACCAACUUCAGCCUCCCAACGUGACUCUCAGCUGUGUGUUCUGGGAUGUGACUAAAGGAUCUACAGGAGAUUGGUCUUCCAAGGGCUGCUCCACGGAGCUCAGAGCCACAGGGACUGUCUGCCGCUGUGACCACCUGACCUUCUUUGCCCUGCUGAUGGCUGGCUGUGGAGCCUCCAUGAUCUUCCUGGCCUUCACCAUUGUCCUCUAUGCCAUCCUGAGGUUUUCCUGGCAGAGGUUCAAGUCAGAAGAUGCCCCCAAGAUUCAUGUGGCCCUGAGCAUUAGCUUAUUUCUCCUGAACCUGGCCUUCUUCAUCAAUGUGGGGCAGGGCUCGAACUGGUCCGAUGCUACCUGCUGGGCCCGGGGGGCCGUCUUCCACUACUUCCUGCUAUGUGUCUUCACUUGGAUGGGCCUAGAAGCCUUCCACCUUUACCUGCUCAUCAUCAAGGUCUUUAACACCUACUUCGGGCACUACUUCCUGAAGCUGAGCCUCGUGGGUUGGGGCCUGCCUGCCCUAAUGGUCAUUGGCACUGGGAGUGCCAACAGCUACGGCCGCUACGCCAUCCGCGACAAGAAGAACAUUACCACGCUGGAGCUGUGCUGGUUCCGUGAGAAGACUGCCGUCUCUGCCCUCUAUGUCACCGUCCAUGGCUACUUCCUCAUCACCUUUCUCUUCAAUGCCGUGGUCCUGGGCCUGGUAGCCUGGAACAUCUGCACUCUGUCAAGCUCCACAGCGGGCAAGGAGCAGGGGCAGAACUGGAAGGGGGUCUUCACCGUGCUGGGCCUCUCCUGCCUGGUGGGUGUGACCUGGUGGCUGGCCAUGCUCACUCCCCUGGGCCUGUCUACCACCUAUGUCUUUGCACUGUUCAACUCCCUGCAAGGUGUCUUCAUCUUCUGCUGGUUUGCUGUGCUCUACUUCCCCAGCCGGAGCGCCAUGUCCUCCUCUUCUGGCACUGCCCGAGCUGACCAGGCACACACUGUGUCUCGUGAAUAGGGGGCUGCCAUGUGGCCAGGCAGGGGCCAGCCCCACACUCUGGUCGGUUCUGACUUGCUGCGUGACCUUGGGUGGCUCCCUGCCUCCCUCUGGCUUUCCCUGGCUGUUCAGCGUGUCUGGGGAAGGAGGAGAUGGAGACCAAGUUAGACCAUCUGGCCUCAAAGAGCUCAUCCAGAUACAUCGAUGGGUCCAAGAGUCCACAAAUCCAGGAUUGCAGGAGUCUAAAGUUCCUGUAAUCCUGAGAUCCCCACCAGCACACAGCGAUGCCCUGACCCCUGCCUUCACAGCGCAGCAGCCAGCCUCUGCCGUUGCCCACCUUCUGGUCUCACUAAGGGCCUGCACCCACGUAGUGGAGUUUCUUGCUGGCUCAGCCCCUUAAAGAACCACAGCCUCUUCCUUCCUCCCUCUUGUCACUGCCUUGCCCCGGCCUCACCCUCGGGCUGCCUGUAUGUGAGGGACAUUUGGGAGGUGGCCAUCCCUUCAGGCACUGGGCAGCUGUGGACCGGAGGUUUGUUUGGGGGGUCAGUUGGUUGGUGCUCCCAGCCAGCCUUCUCCUGGUCUUGGCCAGUCCCUGAAGAGCCUAUUUUUACUGAAGAGCACUUAUCAUUCAGGGGGCUGCCAGAUCUCCAGGUAUCUGGGGACACUGAAUUUCAGAGAAUGCCACUAUGCCUGUGAUACCUCACUCAAGGCCUCCAGCCCCACUCUGACGGCCACAUGGGUGGCCUGACCUCUGAUCUGCUGUCACACUGGGGUGGAGGGCAAAUGGUCCAGGGCUCUGCACACCAGAGGGCCCAGGGACCAGGGCAGUGGAGAGGGCUAUGCUGACCAGAGACAAGGUGGGUGAUUCCCCCAGAAUCAGGUCCUGUAGACUGGGCACUUCGACAGCCUCUCUGACUGGUUCAGCCCAGUCUGAGCCUGGUGUGUUCCAGGCCCUGAAUAAAUAUUGCAGGAUGAAUAGCUAGAUGUGUGAGUUUGGCACCAGCCUAACAGGGCUCUGAGUCAAGGGUGUGUCUGAGGCCAGACCAAGCAUGGGUAUGUCACCUCCUGCGCCAGGACCUUCAUUUCACAACCAUGUGCUGGUUUCCUCAGUAGUAAACAAAAAUAGACAUAAAUAAUAGAUAGGGAGAGACAGACGGAGUGAGAGGAUUAACUAACAGAGAGAGAUUGGUAAACUAACACAAAGAAAACAGAGAGAAGGGUACAGAUGCAGAAAGGCAGCAGCCCCCCUGGCCUGCCUCCAGAGCAAUGGUGUCUGUCCCCCUCUCUGGAGCCCCACCCUACACCAGCACGUUACUCUAGCCUUAACCUACUAACCAUGGGGAAAUCUCACCAUCCCGACUCAACCCCACCCUUUCCAGUGUGCUUUGCUGACAGUCAUGCACUUCUGCAGGUGAGAAACUAUCAUUACUGGACCCUCCCCCACAGCCCCUGGGCUGCCCGCCCACAACCUCCUCCGGAAUGCCAUGUCCUAACACACACUAGAGAGGCUGCCCCAGCUUCUCCCUCAUCCUGACCAGAACAUGAAAGACAGGAAGGCGGGGGCUCUGGUAUGCAAAGUGCUGUGUUCCUGGAAGGGAAAUUCUAGGGUGUGGACAUUGCAUCAGUUGAGCCACAUUAUCAGUUUUUGUGGACAGACUUGCUGAGUUUUUGAGCUUGUCUUCACAAACAUCUGUUUCUCACGUUGAAGGUCUUGGUUCCCUUACUACAAAGUCUCAGAGUUAUCAACCUGUGCCCAGAAAGAAAGGCUGAUUCAGGGUCUGGCAGGUCUGGGUUCAAAUCCUGGCUCUACUACUUAGGGGCUGUGAACCCUGGGCAUGUCACCGCACCUCUCUGAGCCCUAGGUUUCCCCUCUGUAAGAUGGGAAUCAUCAAGUCCUUGUCUUAUGCUGAGAGCACUGAGGUGACAGACGCGAAGUGCCUGGCACUGUCUCAGCAGGGGGGGCUCCCCAAGACACCACCCUCCCCCAAACACCAGGCUUAAAGAAAAAUCCAGUGGAAUCUUUGUGUAAAGCCUAAUGCUCUGCAACCUGUAUGUGAGGAGGGGUGUGAAGGUUAAAGCUUCCAGAUUCCUUCAACAGCUCUGCCCAGUGUAGGGAAGAAGAAGUGGAGGCCCCAGGAGUUCCAGCAACCUGCCCAAGGCCAGUGUGCAAGCUGGGCUUACACAGGGCUGGGGCCUCCCUGGGUUGCCAAUGCCUCCUCCCAGAGCAUUUUCUGGGUUUGAGAACUGUCACCUCAUCCAUGACCCCCAAGUCUCAAGGGAAACCCUAGACUCUGGCUUUCCCGGUCAUGCUCAUCAGUGGGGUGUGGGAUCAACAAAACUGCAAGCCCCGGAUGGGCUGGGUUUCCUGGUGCAGACGGAGAGGGCAGAACGGGAGAUGUGGCUAAUGACGGUGGGGGUGGGCUCCUUUUCUGGCUGGCUCUCUACCACAGGGUCAGGCAGGGGCAGAGGGGGUGAGGUCCCUCAUUACCUGGCGUCACUGCAAAAUCGGGUCCAAGAGCCAAAACGAGCACAUGCUAAGGCCAGGUGGGGACGUGGCAAAAAUACCCGCCAAAGCCCGGUGCGGGUGAACAGCCCUUGUCAUCAAAUCUUCGCAACAGUGACCUGGGAGGUGGACAGCACCAUGGUUAUGAGCAUGAACUCGCAGGUCAGCCUGUCUGGACCAAAUUCUACCUUGGGCCCAUUCCUCACCUAUGGAACCUGUAAAGCAGGGAAAGCAGUGUCUGCCCCACAGGACUGAUGAAGGCCCAAAAGAGUUACUGGCUGACAGGGUAGCCCGGCGCCUGGCCCACCUGGCCUGGCGUGUUUGUUACCAAGCCGGAGCUUUGCCUCGGCCACCACACUAUCAGGCCCUGGGCUGCAGUAUGCAGGAGGACCCCCCACCUUGCCUCAUGCCUGGUUCUUUCUGUUCUGCCCAAAUUCCUUCUUUCUUUGUAUUUUCAUUACAAUAUACCAAUUACAUAGGAAAUAAGAAGACUUAUUUGCUCUGUACUCUCAGAUAAUUCAAUACAAAGGAUAAACAUUCUCACCAAUUAAUCUAUGAACACAAUCCAAUUCCAAUAAGAUUCCAAAUGAUUUCUUUAGGCUUUCCAAAAACAUAUUCUAAAAUUUAUAUGGAGGCCUCAAAUAGCCAGGUCAAUCUUAAUAAAAUAGGGCAUACAAGGAUGACUUGACCUGUAGAUAUUAAGAUAUUAUAAAGCCAUAGAGGUGAAUCCAACUUGGGGUCUGUGCAGGGACAGGAGUGAAGGCCAGUGAAACAGAACAGAGGGCUCAGUGGCCGACUUAUGUACACCUGCAGGACUUACUACGUGACAAGAUGGGUGGUGUGAUGAUGGUGUUGGAAAAUUGGCUCAUUAUGUGGAGAAAAAUAAAACAGGAUCUUUGCCUAACUCGUCAUACGGAGAUGGGCUCCAGGCAGAGUAAGGUUCUGGGAUGGCAAAACGAUCAAGUUAAUGUAGGGAAAUACUUUUGUGACCUAAGGGCUAGUAAGGACUUCUCAAACAAAAAUUCAUAAGCACAAACACAUCAGACUAAAACCUAGUAAAUCAAAUUACAUCAAAAUUAAGGUUUUUGUUUAAUAAGGGACACCCCAGGGCAAUGUUGGCAGACAGAAUUGGGGUAGACAGAAUUGGGGGAGUCAUUUGCAAUAUCCAAAACCAGGAAUUCACAUCCAGAAGUCCUGUAGAUCAAAACAAGGACACUUCUCCAAUAGAGAAAAAUGGGCUGAGAUUUUAAAAGACAAUUUCAGAGGAGGAAACACCUAAAACUAACAAUUAGCACAUAAAGACACCUUUAACAUCAU